AUGAAUGUAUCAAUGGAAAAUAAUAUUUUAUUAAAAACUGAUUCAUAUAAAGUAUCACAUUAUAAACAAUAUCCAAAAGGUACAACAUGUGUUUAUGCUUAUUUGGAAAGUCGUGGUGGUAACUAUCCAGAGCAAGUCUUUUUUGGAUUACAAUAUAUAUUAAAAAAACAUUUACUUGGUAAAGUUGUAACUAGAGAAUAUCUUGAACAAGCUAUUCAAUUUUGGCAAGAACAUUUCGGUUAUGAACUUGUUGAUCGAGAAAUGUGGGAACAUAUUAUUGAAAAGCAUGAUGGACAUUUACCAAUACGUAUUAAAGCUGUACCAGAAGGGACAGUUAUACCAACGAGAAAUGUUUUAAUGACUGUUGAAAAUACAGAUCCAAAAUGUGCAUCAUUAACAACAUUUUUAGAAACAAUUUUAUUACAAAUUUGGUAUCCAAUUACGGUUGCUACAAAUUCAAGAGAAAUUAAAAAAAUUUUAUUACGAGCAUUAAAACGAACGGGUGAUCCAAAAUUAAUUAAAACACAAUUGCAUGAUUUUGGAUUUCGUGGUGUAUCAUCAUAUGAAACAUCAGCAAUUGGUGCAUGUGCACAUUUAACAUCAUUCUAUGGCACGGAUACUAUAUCAGGUUGUAUUUUAGCUCGUCAAUAUUAUUCAGCUAAAGCAAUGGCUGCUAAUUCUAUUCCGGCAUCAGAACAUUCAACAAUGGUUAGUUGGACACGUGAAAGAGAAGCUGAAGCCUAUGAAAAUAUGUUAGAUAUGUAUCCAAAACAUAUUAUUGCAUGUGUAUCUGAUUCGUAUGAUAUUUAUAAUGCAUGUGAACACAUUUGGGGUGAACAAUUGCGUGAUAAAAUUUUAGCACGUGAUGGAACAUUAGUUAUACGAUCUGAUUCUGGUGAUCCAUUAGAAGUUCUUGAACGUUUAUUAAAUAUAUUGUAUGCUAAAUUUGGUGGUACUGUUAAUGAAAAAGGUUUCAAAGUUCUUGAUAACCAUGUUCGAUUAAUUCAAGGUGAUGGUGUUAAUAUGAAUUCAAUUAAAGAUAUUGUUAAUUUAUUGGAAUCAAAAGGUUUUUCAACCGAUAAUAUUGUAUUUGGUAGUGGUGGAGCUUUAUUACAAAAAUUUGAUCGUGAUACAAUGAAAUUUGCAAUGAAAUGUUCAUAUGUUGAAGUAACUGGUAUGGGUGGUUUAGCAGUUGCUAAAGAUCCAAUAACUGAUACAGGCAAACGUAAUAAACCUGGUCGACUUAAAUUAGUUAAAGAAAAUAAUGAUACUUAUCGAACAUUAAGUAAUUUAGAACAUAGCAAUGAAUAUGAAAAAGCCGAAGAUCAACUUGUAACUGUUUUCGAAAAUGGAAAACUUCUACGUGAAUAUUCACUUGAUACAAUACGUGCGAAUUGUGAUAUUGACAUUGAUCGUCUCGAAUUUAUGCAUUUUAUGUAG